UUAGUUCAAGUCAACAUGAAAUUCGCUAUCGCUUCGGUUGUGCUUCUGGUCGCCAUUCUCGGCGCCCAGGCCGUGGAUUGGCAGUCCGUGAAGAAUCUGAACAUCGAGACCGAUGCCCCGAAGAUCCGUCACGGUGCACCCACGGGUCGCAUCACCGGUGGCACCUUGUCCAGCCGCAACCAGUUCCCCUACCAGGUGGGACUACUCCUCUACGUUCAGGGAGGCGCUGCCUGGUGCGGCGGAACCUUGAUCAGCGACCGUUGGAUUGUGACCGCUGCUCACUGCACAGACAGCCUGACCACCGGGGUGGAUGUCUAUCUGGGCACCCACGAUCGCACCAAUGCCAAGGAGGUGGGCCAGCAGAUCAUCUUUGUGGAGAAAAAGAAUGUGAUCGUGCACGAGGACUGGAUUGCUGAAACCAUUACCAACGACAUUUCCCUCAUUAAGCUGCCCGUCCCAAUUGAGCUCAAUGAGUACAUUCAGCCCGCCAAACUGCCGGCAAAGGCCGACAGCUACAAUACCUACAGUGGGGAGACUGCUAUUGCUUCCGGCUGGGGCUUGAUCAGCGAUUCUGCCACUGCUGUCACUGACAUUCUGCAGUUCAUUGAGGUGCCCAUCAUGUCCAACAGCGGCUGCUCUCCCUGGUACUUGGGUCUGGUCGGCGGCACCAACAUCUGCAUCAAGACCACCGGUGGUACCUCCACCUGCAACGGUGAUUCCGGCGGCCCCUUGGUGUUGGCCGAUGGCAGCAACACUCUGAUCGGAGCCACCUCCUUUGGUAUUGCCUUUGGCUGCGAGGUGGGAUGGCCCGGUGUGUUCACUCGCAUCACCUCCUUCCUGGACUGGAUCGAGGCCAACUCUGGCGUCGCCAACUACGGCAACUAAAAGCGGAAGUGUCUUCAAAAUAAAUGUUUCUCUUUUGUUAAAAGAAGUA